AUGGCUUGUUAAUUGUAAUUAAAUAAAUGUAGAUAAAAAAUUGAUAAACCUCAAGAAUAACAAUAAGGUAAUAAAAGAAAACCAAAUUAAAAUGUGUUAUGUAAUAAAAAAUAAUUAUAGAUACAUUAGCUUGUUUAAAAAAGAAUAAAAAUUCAUAUAAUUUGAUUGAUUGUGCAUAUUAAAAUUGUGAAAAUAAUUCAAAAUCCGAAUUGUAUUAGUAUUUAUUAGGUAAGAAUUGA